GUCAAUGGGAGGGAGAGAAAUAAACUCUGAACUCUCCAGUGCAGUCAGUUCAGUUCUGAAGAACGGAGAGAUCUCGAAUUAUCAAUACGCCACAUAACCAUGUGCCACGGCAGAGUCGCCGGUUUCGUUUAGAUUGCACUGGGUCUCUGAGUAUUUUUUUUAUAAAUAAUGAGUCCUAGCCGAGACGCGGUUCUGAGCCUUUAUCGAAAUUUAAUUCGAGAAAGCGGCAAGUGGCGCUCGUACAAUUACAGAAUGUACGCUCUGCGAAAGAUACGGCACGAAUUCAAAGAGAACAAGGCGCUGGGAGAUAGAGAGAAGAUUGGGCAGUGUUAUGCAAAAGGGCAGGAGGCACUAUCGAUGAUCAAGAAGCAGGUCAUACUGGGCGAUCUCUACGGCACGAGGCCUCUAGUGAUUGAAACCAAGAGCGAACUACACAACGCAGAGAAAUAGAGUACAAUCGCGGUUACCUUUAGUUUAAUAUCGCACCUGUUUUUACUGUUUAAUAUCGCACCUGUUUAGAGACAGGCUAAAAUUAAGAUGCAAUGAUCAUUGACGGUCUGCAUCUAUCAAAGAGUGUAAUUUAAAGUUGUGAUUACGUCAUCAUUUCUUCACAUACAAAUAUCGGUACGAAACAUAUUCAGCAGGUUCUGCUUCCAGGGUUCCACUCGUAUGACCAUGUGUAGCUCGAUAUUUCAUUUUUACAUUUGUAUGUGUUGUGUAUAUAUAAUUAGAUAUUGCGAAUGCUUUUCAAAUUGUUAAGAAAUAAAAUCUUGUUAAUGUUGUAACAUUUUGUUUAUGUAUCCCUCUAUGAAAUCAGUGAACUGUAUAUUACAGAAACCAUGAUUUAAUAGAAAUAGAAAUGUGGAAAACGGUAGGGAAUACUCUACCCUGGUGAACGCUUUUUUUUUAGUUUUUCAUAAGUUUUAUACAAAUUUCAGAAUUUGUAAGAUUUUUUCAAUAAUUUUUUUUAUAACUUUUUACAAAAAUUUUCAGAUUUCUGAUACAAAUUGGAAAAGUACCGAGAAAGUUUAUAUCUUUCCUAGAAUCUUUCAUAUGUUUGAAUUCUGAAAUAUUUUGAUAUUUCUCAUUCUAUAAUUUCACACAUUUGUAUCUCAGAAUAUUCACAUAUAUGAAAAGUUCUAGAAGAAAAGAAGUGGAAUUUCUCAGUAUUUCUGAAAAGUGUACCACUUCGUAUAAAAAUUCUCUGAGGGAGAUUUUCACCAGGGCAAUUCACUGACAAGAUCCUCUGUCAGUUCGCACUGUCUAUUAUCAUCUUUCAUUUAUCAAUAUUACAAAUUAGUAAUAGUAUUUAAGUUAUAUAUUAAUAGUAUAAGUACUAAAUAUACAAAUUAGUACAAUAGUAAAAAUAGGAUAAGUUAAUUGUUGGUACACAAUUUCGCUUUUUUUUCUAAAACUUAUCAAUAGUCAAAUAAUGUAACCUGCUAAACAUAGAUGGUGCGAGAAACACAAAGCUGAAAAGAACAGAGAGAGAGAGAGAGAGAGAGAGUGAGAGGGCAGAACAGGCCUGGUGAUCAGCUGUUUCAAGAUGACAGCUGAUCCGGUGCGCGGCGCGGCUCAUGGUGAGAUGAUUACGAGAUAAAUCGCGUUGCGAUACGGAGAGAUAACGAGCG